GUUUAGUGGCGUAGGGAUUGGUUGCGGUAAGCAGGAUCUGUUCUGAGACUUUACAAAAUUGUGUCAAGUCGCUUUAUGCUUAUUAGCUGCUCUGCAAAGCAAAACAUAGUGCGCUCCUAGUGGUUUUCUUUCUCCUGUCUUUCGGCUCCCGACAGAGUUAGAAUCUCAUCUCUGUCGGCGCUAAUUGGAAGCACCCGGCACACGGGAUUAUUUCAGCAGAGCUUCAUGUAGAGACGAUGAUGUCUUGAAAAAUCAGUGAAGGAAGAUUAAGUCAACCACAAUGGACUAUCAACGUAAAAAGAAACUGACAUUCUCCACCAUUGGACUCAUUUUUCUUUUUAGCGGUGUGGAAUAUGCUGUUAUAUUACCCACAAUAUGGAGAUAUCUCCAGACUUUAGAGGCACCGCCUUAUUUCCUGGGUUUGGCCCUGUCAGCCUUCAGUCUGAGUGGGCUCUUGUCUGGACCACUGUUUGGAUAUUGGUCUGACCGGACACAGACAACAAAGAAAAUCAUUUUGCUUUGUAACAUUUUUGAGAUAAUUGGUAAUUUUAUGUAUUUCAUGGGCUACUCAAAGUGGCUUUUACUGUCAAGUAGGCUGCUAGCUGGCAUUGGUACAGGUGCUGGCUCAUCAAUUUUUGGCUUCCUGACCAGAAGCACUGCUUCAGAGGACCGGGCCACUGUAUUUGCUGCUGUCAUGGCUUGUAGACAGGCUGGCCUUCUAAUUGGUCCUGCAUUCAACAUCUUUCUGAGACUCUGUGACUUCCAUAUUGGUCCUUUUAUUGUCAACAAAUAUACUGCACCAGGGCUGUUUAUGUUUCUAUUGUGGAUGCUCCUUCAACUGGCAGUGGUCUUCAUGUACUGGGACUUGCCACCUACGGAAAGAAGGAAGACUGAUAGCAUUUCAGAACGCCAUGAAGAAGAGAACGUACAUGGACUUGGCGAAGAAAACAACGAAGAAGAAGUCGAGGAGGAGAUUGUGCCGCUAAUGACCUCCCAGGAGCUUGUGGGCUCCUACGGCUCUAUGAUGACAUCCAGCCAGUGCAGAAGCCACAGACCGGAUGAAUCCAGCAACUCGCCCCGUCAUAGUAAUUCGCCACUUGAAUCUCCUGUGGGAACGCCAACCGAUGAGCUUCAGAGUUCUUUCAAGAAUUCCAGCACAUGCCAAGAAUUCCUGAGAGAAGAAGUGGUUGUGCUGUUGGCUGCUCAGUUCAUCACCCUUUUCAAUCAGACUGCACUGGAGACUAUGGUGACACCAUUAACCCAGAAAUAUUUUGACUUUAAAGAGCUGGAAAACAGUGUGAUGUACUGCCUCGGAGGUGUGGUGGUGAUUGCCGGCUUCCUGCUUGUGCACUGGCUAAGCCGGCACUUCACAGAGCGGGUGGUCUUCACCAUUGGUUUGACCUUUUGCAACAUCUCCUGCAUCUGGUGCCUCAUCUUUCUCGCUAAUCCGUUAGGUAGUUUUUCAUGGCAGCUGACUGAGUUCAUCAUCGGAGUUUUUCUGCAGGCCCUGGGUUUACCUUUUGUAGCUGUGGCCCAGGUUUCCCUCUUCUCCAAAGUUACAUCAGAGAGAACCCAAGGCUUUAGUCAGGGAGUGCGUCGCUCAGUUGGGGGUCUAGCCACCAUUCUGGGCCCUCUAUGGGGAGGCGGUCUGACUGAGAACAUGUAUAUAAUGGUGGGUGUAAUGGUGGCACUUCUGAUCCUGCUUACGAUUAUGCUGGCUUUCUCAUACAACCGGCUGGUGGAGCCAACAGUGGAACACACGGAAAGUUCGGAAAGCUCGGAACACGCGGAAAGCUCGGAACACGCGGAAAGCUCGGAACACGCGGAAAGCUCGGAACACGCGGAAAGCUCGGAACACGCGGAAAGCUCGGAACACGCGGAAAGUUCACAGCACGGCAGCAGCAGCAGUUGAAAGAACAUGGUAUAAGUAUCUUGACCAGCAUCUUUAGUCUGGGUUGGGACCAGUUCGUAAGGUGACAUCUCGCUAAAGAAGCAGUUAGCCAACUGAAACCUGGAUUUUAGUGGCUGUCCAUUUGAAGAGGUCUAAUUGUAACUACUUGAUUAAAUGUUUAUUUUUGUACAUUUUAUUAAAUUAUAAAUAGUUUUCCAAUUAGUAUCUUACUGGCUGUAGUAAAUUAAACACUAACCUAUGCAACGUGCAUCAUUUUAGACACUUGUUCUGGUGGGGAAAUACAAAGGAAACAAAACUAACAAAUUGUAUGUACUAAAUAUAUGAUACCACAGUUAAUGUCAAAUUUGGAGUACACUUUGUGGUGUUUGUUCAUUCGCUCUGCCAUUAUUGGAAAAGUGUUGUUUUUUUGUCACUAAUAUUACAUGUCUGUUCCUCUAUGUCUGCAUUUUUUUUCCCCCCCCUGAUUAGAAUGUUCUGAAUAAAAUUUUUACACUUUAAGUACA